AUGGGCAAGCGCAAGUCGUCCUCAAAGCCUAUGGGCCCGAAGAGGGCCGAUCCGUUACCGACCACCUUCACCUGCCUCUUCUGCAACCACGAGAAGUCCGUUACGGUCAAACUUGACAAGAAGGCUGGCGUUGGGCAGCUAGACUGCCGCAUCUGUGGUCAAAAAUUUCAGUGCGCCGUCAACUAUUUGUCCGCUGCAGUGGAUGUUUACGGCGAGUGGGUUGACGCAGCUGAUGCUGUGGCCAAGGAGGACAAUGCGGAGGCUGGCUAUGGUGGUACCUCCCGAACAGCCGGAUCUGGACGGGCGCCGGGCGGCCGGUCGGCGGUCAACGACAACGACGACGACGAUAGACGGUCAUAUGAUGGCGAUGGAAUUGUGGCAGAUGACGAUGAAUAUUGA